AUGCCAGCUCCUCACGGUGGUAUUCUAAAGGAUUUAGUCGCUAGAGACGCUCACAAGAGACAAGAUCUCUUGGCUGAAGCCAAAUCAGGUAAACUACUAGAAUGGAAUUUGACCGCUAGACAGAUCUGCGAUUUAGAAUUAAUCCUAAACGGUGGUUUCUCUCCAUUAGAAGGUUUCUUAACUGAAAAGGAAUACUUAUCAGUUGUUAACGACUCAAGAUUAUCAAGCGGCAUCGUAUGGACAAUGCCGAUCAAUCUAGAUGUGGAUGAAAAAUUCGCUAAACAAUUGGCCUCGGGUAAAAGAGUAGUCCUAUUGCAGGACAAUGAAAUUCCUGUCGCUGUGUUGAACGUUUCUGACGUGUACAAGCCUGAGAAGGCACUAGAAGCCAAGAAGGUGUUUAGAGGCGAUCCUGAUCACCCUGCUAUUCAAUACUUGUACAAUCAAGCCGGUGAAUAUUACGUCGGUGGUUCCCUUGAAGCUAUUCAAUUGCCUCAACACUACGAUUACCCAGGUUUGAGAAAGACCCCAGCUCAAUUGAGAUUGGAAUUUGAAUCAAGACAAUGGGAUCGUAUUGUUGCCUUCCAAACUCGUAAUCCUAUGCACAGAGCUCACAGAGAAUUGACGGUCAGAGCCGCUAGAGAGGCAAAUGCAAAGGUUUUGAUCCAUCCAGUCGUGGGUCUAACCAAACCAGGCGAUAUCGACCACCAUACCCGUGUACGUGUCUACCAAGAAAUUAUUAAGAGAUACCCUGCAGGUAUUGCCUAUAUGUCUCUAUUGCCAUUGGCCAUGAGAAUGGGUGGUGACAAAGAAGCAGUGUGGCACGCAAUUAUCAGAAAGAAUUACGGUGCAUCUCACUUCAUCGUUGGUAGAGAUCAUGCAGGCCCAGGAUCUAACUCAAAGGGUGAAGACUUUUACGGUCCUUAUGAUGCUCAACAACUAGUCGAGUCUUACAAGAAUGAAUUAGGUAUCGAAGUGGUUCCAUUCAGAAUGGUCACUUUCUUGCCUGACGAAAACCGUUAUGCUCCAAUUGAUGAAAUUGAUACCACAAAGACCAGAACUCUAAACAUUUCCGGUACUGAAUUGAGAAGAAGAUUGAGAGACGGUGGUGAAAUUCCAGAGUGGUUCUCCUACCCAGAAGUGGUUAAGAUUCUAAGAGAGUCAAACCCACCAAGAUCUAAACAGGGUUUUGCCAUUGUGCUCGAGAAUUCUUUAAAGGCUUCUAAGAAUCAAUUGGCCAUUGCUCUAUUGUCUACCUUCUUACAAUUGGGUGGUGGUAGACACUACAAGAUUUUUGAACAUGGAAACAGUUCUGAACUAUUGUCGUUGGUUCCAGAUUUCAUUCAAUCCGGUACCGGUUUGGUGGUUCCUCAUCAGUGGAACCAUGCCGUCAAGGCUAACAACCUAUACAAAUUGGGUGCCUCUCAGGAUUCUGACAUUAAACUAGAUUCUGAUGAUGAAUCUAUCUUGCACAUCGUGCAAAAGGUCGUCUUAUUCCUUGAGGAUAACGGUUUCAUUGUAUUCUAA